AUCUUCAAAUCUAUACUUUUCUUAAUUUAAAUUUGCGUACAUGUAUCAUGUAUGUUUUGUGUCCACUUCGAAUAAUAUCAAUCAUGUACUGAUAUUUUUUUCUUCCCAACAUUAAAGAGCUUAUUAAUCAUACGCGUUUUCAAGCUAAUUGUUUUUCAAAGCAUCUUCAGUGUAAUUUAAAGCAAUUAUGUGUUUGAUUGUUUUGUUUUUUUAAUAAAGAUAGUCUCAACUAGUUUGAAUCUUGUGUCUUGUCUUCUAUUAAAGGAUCUUGAAACCCCUUCACGUGGGAGAGAGAAAGAGAGAGAGAUGUUGUUGUUUACUCCAUGAGAAUACCAAACGCACUUCGCUCCAAUAAUUCAAAAGAUCUCUCACUUCCUCAAAACAAAAAUCUUCUCGCUUCCUAAUUUCUAAAACCCUAAUCGAAGUUCCAAAGAUCGGAUCAAGGAGACAUAGAUGGAUCUCGAGGAUUGGGAGUUACUCUCCAAUAGCAGCUUCAAGGAUCUUGAUCAUGACGAGGAUCAUCAUGGAGCCAUGGUGAUGGAUUACUUCCUCUGCCCUUCUACUAAAGAUCCUCUUCACGAAACAGAGUCUUCUCCAAGAUCCAUAGUGGUCCCCAAAAAGCUUGUCCAAGUUCCCAUAGCUUGGGAACCCUUGUUGGUGGUGGAUCAAGACAACACGAAGAUACCCAAUAAGCCUGCUCUUGAACCGGAUCCGUAUCCGGAUUCAAAACAAACCCUUUCGACGGACUCUGUUUCGUCACCUAGAGUUUCCUUCAAGAUAACGAAGGAGACUGAAUUUGCCGACAUGAAAAUUGACGCACCAGCGAGGAUCACGAGUCCUCUGCCUCAGAUCGACGAUACUGCGUCGAAACCCUCUGAUUCCCAAAGAGGAGAUGACUUGGGAGAUAAGAAAGAGAUUAUUUUGAAGGAAGGAGAUAGUGAUGGUGAGAGAUUGAACCUUUGGAAGGUUGGUCUCAAUGGGGUUGGAGCAAUUUGUUCUUUUGGUGUCGCAGCUGCUGCUGCUACCGUAUGUGUGUUCUUUCUCGGACACAACAAUAUCAAGAUUUCUAAGAACAAGAACCAGUUGCUAAGGUUCCAGAUUUACUCCGAUGAUAAUAAGAUGCAGAGGAUGAAAGAAGUUGUGAAUCAUGCAACAAAGAUUAACGAAGCAAUAUUUGGUACGAAAGGUGUUCCUGUCAUAAGAGCUCAAAUAUCUUUCGGGGGUUACUACGAUGGACUUUGAAAUCAAAACGAGUCUAUCCAUGCCCAUAUAUGAGCUUCAUUAUAAUACUGGUUCAUUGUUCAUACUUGAAUGUUCUUAGUGUAAAUAAAUAAAGCUUUGUAAAUUAUAUUAUUUUGUUGAAUUAGAUCAUUGUGAGUAUUAUUUCAUAUGUAAAUUUCCUUACCGUCAGUAAUAAGAAUUUAUAUAUCAUUUGACAA